AUGGCUCUUUUGACAUUACUCACUGUGGGCAGUGCCCUUCUCGUAUUUGCGGUUUGGAAAUGGAUCAGCAUAUCACGUCAUAAUAGAAUACCUGCUGGGCUGAAGAAGCUUCCUGGACCCAAAGGCUACCCCAUCAUCGGAUCAAUACCUGAUGUACCUGUCAAGAAUGGUUUCAUCAAGUUUGCUGAAUGGGGUAAGGAGUAUGGAGAUGUCUAUCAAGUUAACCUAGCAGGACAUAAUCACGUCUGGAUCAUGACAGAUGAACUGGCGAGAAACAUGAUGGCAAAGAAAGGGUUGAUAUAUGCUGCACGUCCCUGCGUGCCCGCUCUGAUAGAAGACAAUCGAACGGGACAGAGGAAAUUCGCGAAUGUUGUCAUGCGUGAGAGCGAAAAGGUCAUGUUCCACCGAUACCCCGAGAUAGAGGCCAAGCGCAUGCUGGUGGAGCUUCUCGAAGAACCCGACCGCUAUAACCACGCUAUGGAGUCGUUCGUCGCGCGCAUCACUUGCCGCUUAGCCUGGGGCCACAGCGAAGGAAGCGAUGAACUCAAGCAGCGAGCCCGAGAACUACUCAUCGUGGUUUCGCCUACGGGCUCUGUGCUGAACAGGCUGACAUUCCUGAUGAAUCUUCCCGACUGGUUGGUCCCUGCGAAGGCCUGGGAGCGACGCCGUCUCCACACAGAGGAAAUGUUCUUCCAGAUCAUGCAGGCUGAAGUCGAAGCCGACAUGCGAGAAAAGAGAGCCCCCACGUCUUGGAUGAGGACCUUCUUGGAGAACAAGAGCAAGUUCGGGUUCACUUACGACAUGGAGGGUGCCUUCGCCGUUGGCAUGCAUGGCAUCGCGGGAGCUCUGACAAUCGCCGCGCCCAUUCAGACAUUCUGUCUUGCCAUGUGCUUCUACCCACAGUACCUGAAGAUGCUACAAGAGGAACUAGAUCGCGUCUGUGGUGACCGGCUACCUCGCGCCGAAGACCGACCAAAUCUCCCAUUUCUCAGAGCAGUGAUUCGAGAAUGUCUUCGCUGGCGCCCUCCUGUGCCUACAGGUAUCCCACAUGCACUUGCCGAGGACGAUGAGUUUAAUGGUUACUUCAUCCCUAAGGGCAGUAUCAUACAUCCUCUUGAGUGGUCCAUUGCACGAGAUCCCGAGCUUUUCCCCGACCCUGAAGCAUUCAAUCCUUGCAGAUGGGUCGAGCCCAGCUAUCCGACGUACAAAGAGCCACUGACAGAAUACCCCACCAUAAUCAACUCAACGCAGUUUGGAUAUGGUCGCAGACUAUGCCAAGGGCAGACCGUGGCUGAUGAGGACCUUCUCAUUGGCAUUGGAUCCAUUGCAUGGCUUUUCAACCUGCAAAGGAAUCCUGAUGAAAUAACGAAUUCUGAUGCCACCACACCCCAGGUUGUCUCGGAUCCCGAAAAGAUCGAGGCCGACACACUGGGCAUGAACAAGAAGGCAUCGAUAUCCACCGAGGAGUUGAGCGCCGGCAUCGAAUCGAAGAAGCCGACGAUGGAAGACGAGAUUCUGUCCAAGUACAGCUACCCAGGCUCGGAUCCGACGAAGCCGCAAAGUAACCAACAUCUCGCGGACGCUACGCUCGACUUCACAACAUUGUUGAUUGCGAAGCCGUUGCCAUUCAAGUUCCAGCUCAAGCCUCGCGACGAGGAACGCGUGAAGAAGGUUAAGGCUUGGUUUGAGGAGGGCUCGCAGCGGGGUGACUAUAGGCAGACUCGAGAAUACUGGGGUACAAACCAUGGAGAAGGCAAGCCGUUGGGAUGGGGUAAGGUAUAA